AUGGCGCACCUCCUCAGCAAGACGCUCGACCCGCUCCUCGGCGUCUUCACAGGCUUCCUCGCCUACUACCUGCACGAGACGAACCCGCGCACCGCCCCGCCGCCAGGACACAGCAUGAAGGAGCUGAUUCAGUGGCAGUGGGAGCACUCGAAGCGGAAGCGGGACGAGGCGGCUGCCGCUGCGUCGGCUGGGGAAAACGCAGAGCUCGACGCGGUCAGGAAGGAGUUUGAGGCGGCUGCUGCGCCUGUGGUUGCGUCGAGUGCUGUUGGACAGCAGGGACAGCAGCAGGGACAGCAGCAGGGACAACAGACGCAGCAGACUCAGGCUCAGAGUCAGCCGCAGGGCCAGGUCGCUCAGGCUGUUGCGCAGUCUAAGAAGACGGAGGACCGCGCUGUCUAA